AUGAAGCUGAAAGGACUGAAGAUUCUUAUACCAGUACUCAAGUUCUCUAAGGCUGGGCCCUUGCUUAGCAUGUGUGUAUCCACGUUGGCCUAUGGGGCUGUAUUUGGAUGGCAGUUCGGCACUGGUAUGGUAGGUUUGAUAUUCAUCCAUGAGCUUGGUCAUGCACUGAUGAUGCGGAACCUUGGUGUACCUGCGGGGCCUAUGGUAUUCAUACCUUUUAUGGGGGCAUCAGUAGAGAUGCGCAAACACCCUUCUAAUGCAUAUCAAGAGGCGCUGAUAGCUCUAGCAGGCCCUGUCCUCGGCUCCCUUGGUGUUCUCCCUAUUGCUGCCUAUGGAGCUGCUACAGGUUCACAGCUAGCCUUCGCCUUAUCCCACUUCGGGUAUAUGAUAAACCUGUUCAAUCUCCUACCUAUAGGCCAACUAGAUGGUGGUCGAGUCGCUGGUAGCCUCAACAAGUGGUUCCUACCUGCAGGUCUGGGUAUAUGCGGAAGUAUGAUAUACUUUACAUCCUAUUGCUCACCGAUCAUGUAUCUCGUUUUCCUUGGUGGUGCCUAUACAACGUAUCAACGCUUCUUCGGUACUGGCGAUAUGCCACCCUACUACUAUAACAUGAGUAAUGCUCAGAAGGCCUGUAUAUCAGCAGGUUACUUUGGGCUCAUUGCUGCCCUCAUGUAUGGUAUGUACGAGAACGACAAGCAAAGGAAGAGCCCUAAGCAGCUACAGAGGGAGCUAGGCAUCAACCUAGGGGGAGGCUCCUGGGGGCAGUCCCUUAUCAACCACGUCGGGGAUGUCCUUGGAUCCUUGGAUACCCAUCCCACUAAUCUACCAUACCAGGCUCAGCCUGGCGAGCCAGGGGUAGAAGAAGCUCAGGCCUCGUCAUCCAGGCCUGGAAGCACAUCGUCUCAUUCGCCGGUCACCGAUACUAUGGCGACCAACCAUCACUUCCCACAGUUGGACAUAGCUAGUAUAUUAGGCCAGAGUGCCUCUCGAGCGUUGAGUGAUAGGAGCUAUGAAAAGAGGAGUAUAGCAGCACAUGAGGUGGAAUCACGUAUCAAGCAGGCUUUGCAGCAGAGGGAUUACUACGGUCAAGAGCACGCUGCAACAACAGCAACUAUAGUAUCUAUUAUAACGGUCCUCACCUCCACCAACUUCACUAAGUCACCCUAUCCGAACGCACGUAAAGGAGGACUACUAGGACUGGCUAGUGUUGCUAUUGCACUUGAGAAUAGGAACCUCGACCCAUUCCUCGAUACCAUCAUGGCACCGGUAUUGUAUUUAUUCGAUGAUGAUGAUAAUAGAUGCCGAUACUAUGCCUGUGAGGCUAUGUUUAAUAUAAGCAAAGUUGCUAGAGGCUUGUUGCUCAAAGGGCGGAGGAUGUGUCUGGCAUUGGAUGGAGUAUGCAGACUGGUGGCUGAUGUAGAUCAGGAGGUUAAGUCCGGUGCCCAGUACUUGGAUAGGCUUCUCAAGGACAUAGUCUCCGAUGUUAGCAAUAAACCCUUUAUUGUACGAGAGCUUCCAACAACCCAACAGGAGAAGGAGGAGGAGGAGGAUUUACUACCCUCAUCCUCUAUUACUGCAUCCCAAUCGCCUGAGCUCUAUGAAUCUUCGUAUUUGCCUGAGGGCUCUGUCACCUCAACAAGCUGUGAUCCCCUGCCCGGGACUACCAACAACUGUGACAUUAAUAUCGUGACAACACCACAGUCCCCGGCCCUCCCCGAGGACCCACAAGGUCAACGUUUGAUGCAUCUACCAUCGACCUCGACUACUGAUCAGCAGGAUCCUCAUGGUACUCCAUCCUCUGGCAAGACCUUGUUACACUACCAAUCAGGUCUCUUUGAUUUGGGUGCGUUCAUUGGGCGUAUAGCAGCUCAUCUCCGCGUAGUGAACCUCUUUAUCAAGCAGUUGGCUAUGUCCUGGAUAUCAGUCUUGCAUUCAUUGCCGACUACUAGGGAUCUACUAUUGCUCCAUCUACCCCUCUUCCUCGGCACACUCUUCUACCUCCAACGUGAUCCCUCUCGUGGGGACCUACGUCACACCGCCGACCAAGUCCUUGGUGAGCUCCUAGAUGAUUUGACGUCCACGUCGUCUACGACAGUACUGACUAAGAUGGGCAAUGGCAAACCCCCUAUGCCUCCCCUAACUAAGCUUAGAGCCAUUGUAGCCAAGAGCGUAUCGACGGUGGUGUCCAACUGUUCCUCCACGGAACCUUUGAGCCGAUUAACAGCCAUGAACUGGCUAUUGGCUUUCCUCAACACUCCUGGUCUACUCCUGCCCAGCCUACCGACCGAAGCAGCGGUAUGCGCUAUCCUCUCAGUGCGUGCUACAUGUCCUCACAGUUACUAUCGAUGCCCGAAGAAGAAUACGACACUCCUCGUAUGA